AUGAGUUUCAAAGGUUUUACUAAAGCAAUUGUUAGAGCACCCCAAAGUUUCCGUCAAAAAUUUAAAAUGGGGGAGCAAACAAUAGAUCCAGUCUACGAAGAUGCAGAACGUAGAUUCAAAGAAUUAGAAACUGAUACUAAAAAAUUAAGUGAAGAAUCUAAACGUUAUAGUAAUGCAGUCAAUGGGAUGUUAACCCAUCAAAUAGGAUUUGCUAAAGCCAUGGAAGAGAUUUUCAAACCAAUUAGUGGUAAAAUGAGUGACCCUAAUGCCACUAUCCCUGAAGAUAAUCCACAAGGUAUUGAAGCAAGUGAGCAAUAUAGAGCCGUAGUGGCAGAAUUACAAGAAACAUUGAAACCUGACUUAGCUUUAAUUGAGGACAAAGUUGUUAAACCAUGUCAAGAAUUAUUAAAGAUUAUUACAUACAUUCGUAAAAUGGCAACAAAGAGAAAUCAUAAAAAAUUAGACUUAGAUAGAAGAUUAAAUACUGUCAAUAAAUAUCAAAAUAAAAAGGAACCUACUGCUAAGGAUGAAGAAAGAUUAUAUAAAGCUCAAGCUGAAAUGGAAGUGGCCCAACAAGAAUAUGAUUAUUAUAAUGAAAUGUUAAAGAAUCAAUUACCUAUUCUUUUCAGUCUAGAAGCACAGUUUGUUCAACCUUUAUUUGUUUCCUUUUAUUAUAUGCAAUUAAACAUCUUUUAUACACUUUACAAUAAAUUCCAAGAUAUGAAGAUUCCAUAUUUCGACUUAAAUAGUGAUAUUGUCGAAGCUUUUAUUGCGAAGAGAGGCAAUGUUGAAGAACAAACUGAUGCAUUAACUAUCACACAUUUUAAGAUCGGCUAUUCUAAAGCCAAACUAGAAAUGACUAAAAAACGUUACGCUUCUGGUAAUGAGACUCCAGGUGCAUAUGGGGCCAGUAGUCCUAGCCUAUCCACCCCAGGGUUUGGUAAUAGUCAAUCACCUAUGGGAUAUGACCAAGCUGCACAACAAGGUCAUAAUAACCCAAUGUCACCACCUAUGGGAUAUGGUCAAGUUCAACAACCACAACAACCAAACAUGAUGAUGAACAAUACCAUGCCUCCACCAUAUAGUAAUCCUGCCGGUAUUGCUACUGGUAGUACAUUACCUAAGACAGAGACUGUAACGGCACUAUAUGAGUAUCAAGCACAAGCUGAAGGUGAUUUAUCCUUCCCUGCUGGUGCAGUUAUUGAAGUUGUUCAGCGUUCAGCAGAUGUUAAUGACUGGUGGACAGGUAGAUAUAAUGGUCAACAAGGUUUAUUUCCUGGUAACUAUGUCCAGUUGAAUCAAUAA